AUGAAUCCACGUAAGAUCAGUUGGACUCAAGUAUACCGUCGUAUGCAUAAAAAAGGUAUAACCGAGGAAAUUGCCAAAAAACGUACUCGUCGAACAGUUAAGCAUCAACGAGCAGUUGUUGGAGCGUCGUGGGAAGUCAUUAAGGCUAAACGUAAUCAAAAACCUGAAAUGAGAGAGGCCGCUCGUGCGCAAGCCCUUC